AGAGCAAAGUUGCGCGAUUCGAAAUAUAUCUUUGUUUCUGAUCGGUUUCCUUUCUUCUGCAUUCGAUGAUGCCUCAAGGAAAACUUGAAGUUCUUCUCGUUAGUGCCAAAGGUCUCAAGAACACUGAUUUUCUUAGUAAAAUGGACCCAUAUGUUAUCCUCACUUGCUGUACUCAGCAACAGAAGAGCAGUGUUGCGUCAGGUCAAGGAACUAAACCAGAAUGGAACGAGAUCUUCGUGUUCACUGUUUCCCAAGGCGUUACGGAACUCCACAUCAAAAUAAUGGAUAGAGAUAGAUUUACUAAGGAUGAUUUUGUAGGAGAAUCAACCAUUUCUUUGAAACCACUUUUUGUGGAAGGAAGCUUCCCACCGACCCCAUACAGUGUGGUCAAGGACCAGCAGUUCUGUGGAGAGAUCAAAGUUGGCUUAACAUUCACUCCUGAGGAUGACUAUGAGCAGGGGUAUUAUGCGGAAGAAGAGAGCUAUGGUGGAUGGAAAGAAUCUUCUUCAUGGAUUUAAAAUGGUUAAUUAAAUGCUUAUGACUCUCUCUCUCUCUCUCUCUCUCUCUCUAAGUCUCUAUUAAGGUUAGACUUCCAUCGCCAAUCUCUGUCGUUAAC